AUGAGUGCUAACGAAUUUUACGCUUCUGGAGACCAAUCUGCAUACCAACCAAACUCUGAGUCCAGACAACAACAAGGACUAGGACAACAAGGAGAUGGAGAAAGAGGAUUUAUCUCCACUGUAGUUGGUGGUGCUGCUGGUGCUUAUGGUGGUAACAAGCUUGGAGGUAACAACCAUGGGACCUUGGGAGGAAUUGUUGGAGCCAUUGCUGGAGCCAUUGGUGCUAAUAAGAUCGAGGACAAGUAUGAAGACCACAAGCAACAUAGUCAACAACAACAUCAACAACAACAAUCAUAUGGAAACAAUUCUUAUGGUAGAAAUGAAGGCAGACCUCAAGAAUAUGGUAGACAAGAAUACGGCAGACAAGAAGAGUACGGUAGACAAGGUGACUACGGUAAACAAGGAGACUACGGUAGAAAUGAAGGAUAUGGUAGACAAGAAUAUGGUAGACCAGAGCACGGUAGACACGAGCAUGGUAGACAACAAGAGUACGGAAGACAAGACGAGUACGGUAGACAAGGAGACUAUGGUAGAAAUGAAGGUUAA